UGACCACUUGCGUCCAUUAGAAGUGCAUUAUGUAGUGAAUGACAGAUGACAGGCUAAUCGAUACAGCCACGUGUCUAUCGUAAAUUGGGCGAGGUCGACGGCACACUGCUAUUUAGUCUUCAGUCCCACUCAAGAUCCUUACUGGAGAAAGCAGCUGAUGCAGAUGAAGGCCUCUAAGGAUGCUGCAUCAGAGUUGGAGAGCGCCAUGGCCACUAUCAUUAAUGUUUUUCAUAAAUACUCCGGUCACCGUUGCACGCUCAAGAAGGCAGACCUUAAAGCACUCAUUAACAAUGAGAUGAGUCACUUCAUAAUGAAAAUUAGUGACAAAAAGAUUCUGGACAAGGUGUUUGCUGAUCUGGACCAGAACAAAGACCGGGAGAUUGACUUCAAAGAGUUCAUAGUCCUCAUCGCCAUGGUUACUUCAGCAUGUCAUGAAGUCGUCUCCCCGAGCCACAAACAUUGAUUUUAUGUUUACAAUAAAUAUUCAUUAAACAACUUAGGAAACCUGGAAA